CCCAGCAGGGUAUAAAAGGGCUAGAGCUUGGAUUUGACUUCACCAGCAUAACCACAACAGCCUUCAGAGAUAGUAGCAAAACAGCCACUAUGUCAAAGAUGGGCAAGAUUGUGUUCUACGAAGACAAGAACUUCCAGGGUCGCCGUUACGAGUGUGACAGCGACUCCUCGGACUUCCACACCUACCUGAGCCGCUGCAACUCCAUCCGUGUGGAAAGCGGGGCCUGGGUGGCGUACGAGCGCCCCAACUUCAUGGGAUACCAAUACGUGCUGACCCGCGGGGAGUACCCCGAAUACAUACGCUGGAUGGGCCUCAACGACAGGCUCGGCUCCUGCAAGAUGAUCCACUUUACCAGAGGAAGCCAGUACAAGAUCCAGCUGUACGACAAGGGUGACUUCGCAGGCCAGGUCUUCGAGGCCACGGAGGACUGCCCCUCGGUUAUGGACCAGUUCCGAACCCGCGAGGUCCACUCCUGCAAGGUUCUGGAGGGCUUCUGGGUGUUCUUCGAGCAUCCCAACUACAGGGGCCGUCAGUACCUGCUGGAGAAGGGGGAGUACCACAAGCCUGUGGACUGGGGUGCCGUGUGCCCCACCGUGCAGUCCUUCCGUCGACUCACCGAGUGACUGCAGCAGCACGACUCUGCCACAGCCCAGCUGAAAUAAAACCACCGGCAAGCACCCCCCAUUGAGCUGGGUCUUCAGGCUCUGUAUAUACCCCUGGAGAAUCCUGAGGGAAACACACCGGGGCACACUGGGGUUAAUCCUCCCAUUGACAAGUAGGAACACAACAAUGACUUGUCCUCUAACUUCCACAGGAAAAAUAAAUAAAUAAAUAAA